UGUGAAAACGUUAUGACCUGCCCUAUACGACCCAUUGGUUCAGGUAAUGAACACUGUCCUUAUGACUGGCUGGCAGUCUAUGAUGGCCGCGAUGAACAUUCACCGCUAAUUGGUAAAUUCUGUGGCCUAGGAAAGUUUCCCUUUAGUAUAAUAGGUACCUCACAAUAUAUGUAUGUUGAAUUUGUUACAUCACCGGCCGGACCUUUAUUAAAUACCGGCUUUCAUUUUAAUGUUGGCAAUUGGCCAGGACAUGUGGAAACAGCUGGCAUUAAACAUGGCAUUUGUGAUUGGUUGCUUAGUUCCGAUUCACUUAAGGACAGCAGUGCGAGUGAGGGUAUAUUUUUGAGUAUAGCCCAUUGGUAUCCACCCAAUACUUCAUGCAGUUAUCAUAUCAAAGGCAGAACUGGUGAAAUAGUGCGUUUAUAUUUUCCCAGCUUUAACGAAAUGGGUCAGUUGGUUUACCAAAUGAAUAUGUAUGACUCUUUGGGCACUACAGAUAUAUUGCACAGAGAUGAUUUGACUUUAAGUGUGAGUAUGGUACAUGUAGGUACAUGUCUUAAAUGUUAUUGAAAAUAUUAUAAUAUU